AUGACACCAGCGUCCAAGCUAACAUUGGGCGCAACUUAUUGGUACUAUAAACCUGCUCAAACCAAUCCACCACCUGUGACACCUUAUAUUCCUCCACCUUUUGUUUGGGAAAGUAUACCAAAACCAAUCUUGAAGCGAUUCACUACACCUGAUCCCAAACGCGAUGGAUUUGUCUGGAAUAUGUUUAGUACACUGACAGUAGGCAUGGCAGGUAUGGUAGCCAAAGGCUUUAUGAAUUGUAGCCAGGUAACAGUCUAUGGGCUGGAAGAAUUCAAAAGCAUUAUUCAGGACCCUGAAAGGCAGAAGGGCAUUGUGACAGUAUCUAAUCAUGAGUCUGUGCUUGAUGAUCCAUUUCUAUGGGGUGUAUUGCCUAUCAAGACACUGUUUUCUAUCCAUCAAAUGCGUUGGGUACUUGGUGCAGCCGACAUUUGUUAUACAUCCAUCUUUCGAUCUUACUUUUUUGCCUGUGGUCAGACCAUUCCCACUAUACGUGGCGCUGGUAUCUAUCAACCAGGCGUUGAUUUUGCCAUUGAUAAAAUCAAUCAUAAAGGUUGGAUUCAUAUUUACCCUGAAUCUAAAGUAGUUCAAGAGAACAAAAUGGUUCGAUUUAAAUGGGGUGUGGCUCGUAUUCUGAUGGAUGCAGAUCAUGAACCCUUAGAAAACCUAUUACGCUUGUGUUUGGUCCACCCGUAG